AAACAGGAAGCGGUUAGCAUCCCGUUAGCGGCUGAACACAGAAUCAAGAGCAAUAACGUUACAUUUGCCCGUGAAAUGGCGUUUGUUUUUAUUUUGGGAACAGUUCAGUGAGGUACAUCUACACUUAGGUAAGAAGCAAGAGCAAAUACAGUCUUGGAGAAUCCCAUCGAACUAGCUAGCUAACUAAUGUAAAAGCAAGUUGCCCCUGUUAACUAAGCGUUAGCUACGCUGGCUGCUGUUAACGUUAUUAAAGAGCUAGUAUGCUAACGUUAGCCAUUUUUCUUUGUUAAUUGGCUGGCUAACAAGCUGAAAUAUGUACCGGACUGCGUGUCAAUUUCCUAUUUCCUUUGCAAGCCUGUGUGUCUAGCUAACUAUUGAUUUAACUAGGUACCUAGCGAACUAACGUUAACGACCAACUAGCUAGCUAGCUAACUAACGAGCUGGUUGAUAGCUAUUGCAAAGAGUGACCCUGGCCUGCUGUGUGCAGGUGAGGUGUACACUGUUCCGUUACUACGCAACGCGACACCGGGUAGCAAGUUAACUUAGCUAGCUAACUAAACUCAUUCACUCUUUGACUUUGCAUAUAACGCUGCAGAAACCUGACAACCAACUUAUUUUCUAGCAAAGACGCUUGUAAUGAUAUAAAAUAUUGGCGUGUCUUGAUGCUGUGGUAAGUUAGCCAGUGCUAGUAAUUGAACUACGCUGGUGAUGUGUUAGCUGGCUAGCUAGUUCACUUGACUUGCUAAUUAGCUUUAACGUUAGCUAAAGUGACGUUAUUCUCCUUAUCUUACUUAGAUAAUGUCUCUCUGUACCAUUCAGAUGUUAAUUUGUGGGAACUUGAAUUGAAUGCUGACCACAACAACAAGAUCUGCAGUGCAUCGCUUUUCUGACCGGGGUCGAAUGAACAUCCAUGGUCUGUGCUGCAGCUGUUGAGGUGCCAACGCCACGAGUUCCCUGACAGAAGAACAAAAACAUCCACAGACAAACGGGUAUGUUAUGGUACCCUAACAACGUUAUAUACACAAAGCCGAAGUUGAUAGCCAAUAUAAAUGGUCAGAUAUACAUUUUCUGUGCCCAUCGAGACUUGGGUCCAAGCCUCUCAGUGUAGUAGUGCUGAUCUAGGUUGAGGUCCAUGCUGUCCAUGUAAUCUCAUUCAUUGUGAUCUAAAAGGCUGAUCCAAGAUCACCACUUCUACUCUGAGAUGGUGUGAUGUCAAGUGGCUAUUGGUGAAGUCUUCAUUCAUCUAGCUAGGGAUGUGUGUCUCUGUGAUUCUAGUUUUCCCGACCCAGGCGGUUGCCAUGCACCUGUAAGCCGCUUCCUGUCAGCCAGCCAGCCACCCAGGCCCAGCCACAGCGCUCCGGUGACGGUCGGUGGUCCUCUCCGGUCCAGUGGGUCCCCAUGGAGCCCAGUGAUGACGUGGCGCUGGAUAUCAUUAUCACCAACGUGGUGGCUGUAUUCAGGACACGCUGCCACCUCAACCUGCGCACCAUCGCUCUGGAGGGGGUCAACGUCAUCUAUAAACCUGAAUAUGGGGUAAGGACGGAUACAUAAUGGGUGCACUGGCGGCCAUUUUGAGUGUACCCAUAGGAGCUAGUUUUAAAAAAUACAGGUUAAGACAACAGGAUUCUAAUAUCCCAUAACUCUUUGCAACAAUGGAACUAGCGUUGCUAGUUAGCAACGGCACAAGCACUUGUCAUGAAUUUGCUUAUUUUCGAACACUUCCGCAUGGAAUUAUUACAGUCUUAACCUGUAUUUCUUAACAUAGUUUAGGAGCAAAGCAGGAAGUAAAAUCAGAAAGUGUACCCCUCAAUCGGUUCUGUAAUUUGUUGAAUCAACUCAAUUGACAUUACAAAAAAAUGCAAUCAAUUGCAUGAGCCACAUCAGUUAGCAUCAUUUGAAUGAAAAUUCCACAUUACCAUGGAAAUGAUUGCACCACAAUACCAUGCAGCCAUUGUGAGUGCAGCCAUUAGUUUACCAGUCAAAUUGCCAGGGUUAGAGGUUCCAAGCCCAUUCUAUUUCUAUGGUGAGGACACCACCUGGGACCUGUUAUCUUGUUUUACCUUUCCACUAGCUUUUCCUUUAUUCCUCUCAAGGUUUCUAGAGUUUUGUGAUCUCGAGGAAACCUGGGGCGUUACUUUGAGGAAACCUGGGGCGUUACUUUGAGGAAACCUGGGGCGUUACUUUGAGGAAACCUGGGGCGUUACUUUGAGGAAACCUGGGGCGUUACUUUGAGGAAACCUGGGGCGUUACUUUGAGGAAACCUGGGGCGUUACUUUGAGGAAACCUGGGGUGUUACUUUGAGGAAACCUGGGGCGUUACUUUGAGGAAACCUGGGGCGUUACUUUGAGGAAACCUGGGGCGUUACUUUGAGGAAACCUGGGGCGUUACUUUGAGGAAACCUGGGGCGUUACUUUGAGGAAACCUGGGGCGUAAUGGAUCUACAUACUGCUUUGAGCAGAUGAAUUUUUGGAACGGGCCGUAUAUAAACACGACUCUCCGUCGUUCUGUUUGCGUAGAGUAUGCAGAGCCCUUUAGCUGCUCUGUGACUAAGAACUGUGUAAGAAGUGUGUGUAUUGUAUAAUACUAUCCUGUGUGUGUGUGUGACAUCCAGAAAGUUCUGAUGAAGCUCCGUAAACCCAGGAUCACCGCCUCCAUCUGGUCCUCAGGGAAGAUCAUCUGUACUGGAGCCACCAGGUACACACACACACACACACACACACACACACACACACACACAUUACACACACACACCACACACACAUUACACACACACACACAUUACACACACACACACACACCACACACACAUUACACCGCACACACACCACGAUACACAAACACACAACGCACCGGAGCUACCAAGUACUCACACACACACUGAUCUGUGUCACUGAUGUGUCUCUGUUUCUCUCCUGUGUGUCCCCAGUGAGGAUGAGGCUAAGCAGGGAGCCCGGAGGUUAGCCCGCACCCUGCAGAAACUGGGCUUCAAGGUACGAGAUAACACACUCCUCUUCAUGGUCCCCUAACCAGACCUACUGCACUAACUUGUACAUGACCCGUGUGGUUUAGUUGGUACAGCAUGGCACUCGCAAUGCCAGGGUUGUGGGUUUGAUUCCCACAGGGGACCAGUACGGGGGGCAGAAAAGACCAUCUGCUAAAUGACUCAAAUAUAUAGUAUAGUAUACAACCAUCUAAGUCAGAAAACAGCAUUAACGUGACGGGAAUCGAUUCCUUAUGAAAGAGUUGAUUACGGUUCCCACAUCCUUAAGGAAUUGGGAAUCAACUAUUUUUGCAAUCCGAGCCCUAACUACCGCCCACCACAAACUUUAACGUGCACGUGACUCUGUGUGUAACUCUGUGUGUGUGUGUGUGUGACUCUCUGUGUGUGUGUGUGACUCUCUGUGUGUGUGUGUAACUCUCUGUGUGUGUGACUCUGUGUGUGUGACUCUGUGUGUGUGUGUGUGUGUGAGACUCUGUGUGUGUGUGUGUGACUCUGUGUGUGUGUGUGUGUGACUGUGUGUAACUCUGUGUGUGUGACUCUGUGUGUGUGUGUGUAACUCUGUGUGUGUGACUCUGUGUGUGUGUGUGUGUGAGACUCUGUGUGUGUGUGUGUGUGUGACUCUGUGUGUGUGACUGUGUGUAACUCUGUGUGUGUGACUCUGUGUGUGUGUGUGUAACUCUGUGUGUGUGACUCUGUGUGUGACUCUGUGUGUGACUCUGUGUGUGUGUGUGUGUGAGACUCUCUGUGUGUGUGUGUGACUCUGUGUCUGUGUGAGACUCUCUGUGUGUGUGUGUGUAACUCUGUGUGUGACUCUGUGUGUGUGUGUGUGUGUGUGUGUAGGUGAGGUUCUCAGAGUUCAAGGUGGUGAACGUGCUGGCAGUGUGCUCCAUGCCCUUCGCCAUCCGACUCAUCGAUUUCACCAAGAACAACCGGCCCAUCGCCAGGUAACACACUCACACACUGUCACCGCGACAACCAUUGCCAAACGUUGCCACAGAUCUCCACGCUCAACACAGCAGUGUGUUACCGUAUGGGUGAGGCCUUUCUAUAGUAAGGCCUGUAAGGGGUGUUUCCAGCCAGAACGACCCAUAGGGCCAGGAGCGGUAGGGUGAGGCAGCUUAAUGUACAGGACACCCCCUGGACAGGACACUAGUCUAUCUCCUGUUUCUGUAGUGAGACAGCUCGAUGUACCAGUACACCCCCUGGACAGGACACUGGUCUAUCUCCUGUUUCUGUAGUGAGACAGCUUGAUGUACAGUACACCCCCUGGACAGGACACUAGUCCAUCUCCUGUUUCUGUAGUGAGGCAGCUUGAUGUACCAGGACACCCCCUGGACAGGACACUAGUCUAUCUCCUGUUUCUGUAGUGAGACAGCUUGAUGUACAGGACACCCCCUGGACAGGACACUAGUCUAUCUCCUGUUUCUGUAGUGAGACAGCUUGAUGUACAGGACACCCCCUGGACAGGACACUAGUCUAUCUCCUGUUUCUGUAGUGAGACAGCUUGAUGUACCAGUACACCCCCUGGACAGGACACUAGUCUAUCUCCUGUUUCUGUAGUGAGACAGCUUGAUGUACAGGACACCCCCUGGACAGGACACUAGUCUAUCUCCUGUUUCUGUAGUGAGGCAGCUUGAUGUACAGUACACCCCCUGGACAGGACACUAGUCUAUCUCCUGUUUCUGUAGUGAGACAGCUUGAUGUACAGGACACCCCCUGGACAGGACACUAGUCUGUCUCCUGUUUCUGUAGUGAGACAGCUUGAUGUACCAGUACACCCCCUGGACAGGACACUAGUCUAUCUCCUGUUUCUGUAGUGAGACAGCUCGAUGUACAAGCACACCCCCUGGACGCUAGUCAAGAAUCGAUGGUAUAUCUUUAAUUGAAAUGCUCGUUGAACAGCAGUGAAUGUCAGAUUGUACCAUAAGUCUAAGCGGACAGUUGGCCCCGAAAUCAAUGUUUUAGGGUGGGCCAAACUGGCACAUUGAUUUUAAAUGCUUUCUCAAUGGGAGUGAAUGACACGUCCAUACCCUUACAAUUUCCAUCCAUUUUCACUCCAUUAGCCACUACUCACCAAAACACUGUGGAUGGAAACGUGGUUACUGACAGUCACUCAAUUAGCCCAUGUCGGCUAAUAUUUUUUAGAUUGGUAAGUUAGUCUAGCCAGCUCUCUAAACUUGUAGAAAUCAUUUACAUUUUAGUCAUUUAGCAGACGCUCUUAUCCAGAGCUACUUAGUUAGUGAGUGCAUACAUUGGGAGGACCUCUAGUGGCCAAGCCGGGUUACUGCUCCCUCCACAACAUGGCUUCACAUGGCAAGUGCAUCAAAUCAAAUGUUAUUUGUCACCUGCCCCGAAUACAGCAGGUGUAGACCUAACUGUGAAAUGCUUACUUACAAGCCCUUAACCAACAAUGCAGUUUUAAGUAAAAUAAGAGUUAAGAAAAAUAUUUACUAAAUAAACUAAAGUUAAAAAUAAAUAAUAAAGUUGUCCCCCUGUAGCUCAGUUGGUAGAGCAUGGCGCUUGCAACGCCAGGGUUGUGGGUUCGUUUCCCACGGGGGGGGGGGGGGGGGGGGCAGUAUGAAAAUGUAUACACUCACUAACUGUAAGUGGCUCUGGAUAAGAGCGUCUGCUAAAUGACUAAAAUGUUAUUUUGUAUUAUGACUUGUUAAGAACAUCUUUACUCCUGAACAUAUUUAUUCUGGCCAUAACAAAAGGGUUGGAUACUUAUUGACUCAAGACAUUUCACCUUUUCAUGUUUUAUUAAUGAAUGACAUUAUAGGGUAUUGUGUGUAGGACAGUGAUACAAAAUCUCAAUUUAAUCCAUUUUAAAUUCAGGCUGUAAAACAACAACAUGUGGAAAAGUCCAAGGGUGUGAAUACUUUCUGAAGGCACUGUAUAUCUAAAUAGUGCUCUGUGUGUGUGUGUGGUGUGUGUGUGUGUGUGUGUGUGUGUGGUGUGUGUGUGUAGCUAUGAGCCGGAACUCCAUCCCGCUGCCACCUACAGGAUCAAAACCCUCAAGGCCACCGUCCAAGUUUUCUCCACUGGCAGCCUUACCAUCACAACACACACCGUACAACACACACACACACACACCGUACAACACACACACCGUUACAACACACACACAAACAACAACACACAUACACACACACGUCACACACACACACACACCGUCAACAACACACAAACACACCACACCGUUACACACACAACAACACGUUAAAGUACAACAUACACACAACACACAACAAACCGUCAUUACAACACAUACACACACACAACACCACCGUUACACACACCACACACACAACCACACACACCGUUACACACCCACACAACCGUUACACACACACACACACACACACACCGUUACACACACACACAACACACCGUUACACACACACACACACACCGUUACACACACACACACCACACCACACACCGUUACACACACACACACACACCGUCACACACACACACACAAACACACACACACCGUACACACACACACACACACCGUUACACACACACCACCUUUACAACACACACCGUUUACCAACACACACACCCACAACCACUGUUACACACACACAACACACCGUUACAACACACGAACACACCGUUACACACACACAAACAAAACCGUCACACACACACACACCGUCACACACACACACAAAUAUAAUAAUAAAAUAUGCCAUUUAGCAGACGCUUUAUCCAAGCGACUUACAUCAUGCGUGCAUACAUUUUGUGUAUGGGUGGUCCCGGGUUCGAACCCACUACCUUGGCGUUACAAGCGCCGUGCUCUACCAGCUGAGCUACAGAGGACCACACAACACACACCAACACGUCACACACACACACCGUUACACACACACACACACCGUUACACACACACACACACCGUCACACACACUUUACUUUUACAUCUUGUCACUUCUGUGGAAACUUGAAAGCUGUGUCCAGCCGCACCCAAACACCAUGUUGUCAUAUGACUUAACUGUGUUUUCUGUCUGUGUGUCCCUCUCAGGACCGAACGUGCAGACUGUAGCCACGGCCGUAGAACACAUCUACCCCAUGCUGUCAGAGUGUCAGAAACCUCUCCGAAAAUAACACACAGACAAGGGGAAAAAAAGAUCAACAAAAUAGAGAAAGAAAGACAGAGAAAGAAAGAAAGGCAAAAAAAAAGCACCUUAUCCAUUGGAUGCGAUUGUAUUGUCCUCAACUUUUAUCUGCCUGGCAACAGUCUGGGCUUUUGUCCCGAUUUGGCUGGAUUUGACCUGGAUUUUAUUAUUUGUUUUAACUUGAGGUCCCCAGGAAGUCAGAAAGGCAGCUUCCGUCCUCCUACUGUCCGAUGACCUGUUGUCUUGGUGACAGCUACGCCCUCUGAACUUUGACCAUGGGAUGACCUUACAGUAUGACCUCUAACCUUUCAGCUUUAGCAGCCAGCCAGCCAGCCAGCCA